GGAAAUGAUAUACCAAACAAACAACGUUAAGUAAUAAAUGGAUCGGUGAUGUCGAGCCAAAUUGGCCGUACCCGAACCGUACCCUCUACACAGAAACCUCGGGGCCCUCGAAGAUGAGAGAGACAGUUAAACCACCCCCCUGUGAACGUUCAGCAUUCAGCAAAGCCUCUCUAAAGUCUAAACUAAACUCUCUUCUUGUUGCUCUCUCGAUCUUCCUUUGAUGAGGAAUUCUUCUUUUCUUCUCCUCUGCUUCUACGAUUAGGGCUUCCACCACCAGCAGUACAACAUCGGUUUCAUUCAGAUCCCAGAGCGAGACUAGGGGGCUUGCCGACUAUGAGAUUCUACCACCACCUCCUCCAAUCUCAGAGAGAAGCAUUUGCAGGUCUCUUAGUGCUGCUCCUCCCCGUUUUCUUUCCUCGUCUCUUUAGCCCCCUGGGCCACGCCUCGCCUUCUCUUUUCUCGGAGUGGAAUGCUCCUAAACCCAAGCAUCUGCCACUAUUGAAGGGUGCUUUACAACGCCAACCUUCAGGUAGACAACAAUCUGAGCUCUGGUCUCCUUUGGCUGAUCAAGGAUGGAAACCUUGUCUUAAGUCUGCAAGUUCCUCUGUGCUACCAAAGAAGUCUCAGGGAUAUAUCCAGGUGUUUCUGGAUGGAGGCCUGAACCAACAAAGAAUGGGGAUUUGUGAUGCUGUAGCUGUUGCUAAAAUUCUAAAUGCAACACUUGUGAUCCCACAUUUUGAAGUAAAUCCUGUUUGGCAGGAUUCAAGCUCAUUCUCAGAAAUAUUUGAUGUAGAUCACUUUAUUGAUGUCCUCAAGGAUGAAAUUUCUAUAGUUAAAGAUCUACCUAAAGAAUACUCAUGGAGCACUAGAGAGUAUUAUGCAACAGCCAUUCGAGCUACAAGAAUAAAAACAGCACCUGUUCAUGCUUCAGCUAAUUGGUAUCUAGAGAAUGUCUUGCCUGUAUUACAGAGUUAUGGUAUUGCUGCUAUUGCACCAUUUUCUCACCGUUUAGCUUUUGAUAACUUGCCUAUGGACAUUCAACGCCUUCGCUGUAAAGUCAACUUUAAGGCAUUAGCCUUCGUUCCUCACAUCAGAGAAUUGGGAGAGGUCCUUGUCAAUCGCCUUAGGCGUCCAGCAGGUAAAAGUGCACUAGGAGAUAAUCAGUUCUUGAGGGAGACAACUGAUGAUGGAAAGAAAUGGGGAGAUGGAAAGUUUGUUGUACUACACCUUCGGUUUGAUAAGGAUAUGGCUGCUCAUUCGGCCUGUGAUUUUGGUGGGGGUAAAGCAGAAAAAAUGGCUUUGGCCAAAUACAGACAAGUGAUUUGGCAGGGAAGGGUCAUGAACUCUCAGUUCACUGAUGAGGAGUUAAGGAGUCAAGGACGCUGCCCAUUGACUCCAGAAGAGAUUGGAUUGUUGCUGGCAGCUUUGGGCCUUGACAAUAGUACCCGACUCUAUCUUGCAUCCCACAAGGUCUAUGGUGGGGAAGCAAGGAUACAAGCUUUGCGUAAUCUGUUCCCCUUGAUGGAAGACAAGAAAAGCCUGGCUUCUGAAGAGGAACGGGCUAAAAUUGAAGGGAAAGCUUCUUUAUUAGCUGCGGUUGAUUACUAUGUCAGCAUGCACAGUGAUAUUUUUAUCUCGGCAUCUCCUGGAAAUAUGCAUAAUGCAUUGGUGGGUCAUCGAACCUAUGAGAAUUUGAAGACUAUUAGGCCAAGCAUGGCAUUGUUGGGUCAGCUGCUCCUGAACAAGAGUAUAGAAUGGUCCAAGUUUCAGCAGGCAGUUCUGGAGGGGCACAAAAACAGACAAGGACAAAUCCGACUGAGGAAAGAGAAGCAAUCCAUUUAUACAUAUCCUGCACCUGAUUGUAUGUGUCACGUUUAGCGCAAGUUUUAAUGUUUUACAGCCAUGAUUAUUUGUGGCUUAUAGCGUUGUAUAGGGCAGAAUCCAUUUUCUUUAUUAAGUUUCAAGCUUCAAUCUCUUGUUUGUACGAAUGACAAUACCUGUUAUUAGAAAAUCUAAUAAUUAUCCUGACCAAGUGCU